AUGGCACUAAGGCAACUGUAUGGCUGGCUCAAGAUCAAGGCGAAUAACUGCAUUGAUAAAGAAGCAGCUGAAACACAUUUUGACGAAGAAGGCAUAUUCAAAUACCCCGGACUGAACCCAACCCGCUCCGCCCUCGCGGAUUCUCUAAAGAUGAUUGAAGGGAAGGGUAUUCCUCGCUUUCAUCCUGAGGAUGCUCCGCUGGGAACCCGACGAGCGCAGUGCUGCGAAGAAACUAGGAAGUGA